UUUAGUUAUUUUAGUUGUACACCUUUUACAUUUUUCAGUCCCAAAAUUAAUUAAACAUGAAGCUCUUCAUGCUAGCCCUCUUCAUCUUAGUUAUUUCUUACUAUGCUUAUCCAUGGCCUUUCACUCUUGCAACUCUCCUCUUCUCCCUCCUACUUAAUUUCCUCUUGAACUAUUGGCUAGUGCCCGGAGGGUUUGCAUGGAGAAACUAUACUCACUAUCAUCGAAACCCUAAUAAACUUCAUGGUCCUUUUUCUUGGCCCUUUUUGGGAUUUCUACCUCAAAUGGGGUCUUGUGCUCACCGGAAACUAGCCAAGAUUGCUUCAUCAUUAGGCUCAACUCGAUUAAUGACUAUAAGCCUUGGUGCUACUCGAGUUAUCAUUAGUAGCCACCCUGAUACUGCGAAGGAAAUUCUAUGGAGUGCUUCAUUUUCUAGCCGUCCCUUGAAAGAAUCAACCAAACUUCUCAUGUUUGAAAGAGCCAUUGGUUUUGCUCCCUAUGGGAGUUAUUGGCGAAACGUAAGAAGAAUUGCAACGAAUCACAUGUUUUCUCCUAGGAGAAUUUCAUGUUUUGAGAGUCUUCGACAACUUAUAGCUGAUAAAAUGAUAGGAGAAGUUGUCAAUGAGAUGAAUGAGAGUGGUUUUAUUGAGAUUAGAGGGUUGUUGAGACAAGGGUCUUUGAGUAAUAUCCUUGAAAGUGUGUUUGGGAGUAGUUUAGGGUUAGAAGGUGAGAGGUUAGGGUUAAUGGUAAAGGAAGGAUAUGAAUUGAUUGGAGAAUUUAAUUGGUCAGAUUAUUUUCCUUUAGACUUUUGGGGUACUAAGAGAAGGUGUUAUAAGUUGGGAGCUCAAGUGAAUGAACUAGUUGGUGAAAUAAUGAAAAAAAGGAGAAGAGAGGGAGAAUUAGUAAAUAUGAAAAAUGACUUUCUUAGUGUUUUGCUAUCUUUGGCAAAAGAAGAUCAACUUAAAGAUGAAGAUAUGGUGGCUAUUUUGUGGGAAAUGGUAUUUAGAGGAACAGAUACAAUUGCCAUUCUUGUAGAGUGGAUUUUGGCAAGAAUGAUUUUACAUCAAGAUGUUCAAGAAAAAGCACAAGAAGAAAUUGACACAUGUGUGGGUCAAAACAGAAAUGUACAAGACUCAGACAUACAAAAGCUUCCUUAUUUGCAAGCUAUAGUAAAAGAAGUUCUUAGAUUACAUCCACCAGGCCCACUUCUCUCUUGGGCUCGUUUAGCUAUGCAUGAUACUUAUAUUGACAAGUGUUUCAUUCCAGCUGGAACAACUGCAAUGGUCAAUAUGUGGGCUAUAACACAUGACCCAACUAUUUGGGAAGAUUCAUGGGCGUUCAAGCCCGAAAGAUUUAUUAAUAAAGAAGACUUUUCAAUCAUGGGAUCGGAUCUUAGGCUUGCUCCGUUUGGAUCUGGACGUCGGGUUUGUCCAGGAAGGGUACUAGGGUUAGCCACAGUGCACCUAUGGCUAGCCCGACUUCUUCAACGAUUCAAAUGGCUUCCAAAUAAACCUGUUGAUCUUUCAGAAUGUUUGAAGCUUUCUCUUGAGAUGAAGAAACCUUUAGCUUGUCGUGCACUUAAUCGAAGUAGCAUUUAAGUAAUUCUAAUCUAAAUAUUGGUAUUAUCACUUACAAAAUCAUAUGGAAGAAAAACAAA